AACCAUCGCAGGAUCGUGGCGAAGAACAUCCGUCUCAUGCUGAAUACGCACCAGCAAGUCAUCCGGAUCACGUGAUGCAAAUCUGUUUCCUCAUUGUCACUUCGAUCGCCAUCCUGCUGGCUAACUCUAUCAAACUCCGAGCUACCACUACCAGGCCGGCUUUUGCAGACGGUCAUGGUCCUGGGUCUCAGGUUUGUCCAAUGUGCUGCCAGGGACCUGCUGGAACACCCGGAAUCCCGGGCCUACCAGGAAAUCAGGGUCAGUAUGGACCUGCAGGGCUAAAGGGCAAUGCUGGGGUCAAGGGUCAGAAGGGUGAAAUUGGUCCGACUGCCCCUGUUGGAAACCCUGGCCCCAAAGGGGACGACGGAAUUGGCCUGCCUGGUAAGGUAGGUCCAAGGGGUCCACCUGGUUUAGUUGGAGCCAUUGGGGAAUCAGGGGUCAAAGGUGAAAAGGGAGACGCCGGGGAGACUUCCAAAAACUCUGCUCAGAGGAGAGCAUUCACUGUGAGGCGCAUAACUGACUCAGAUACAUCAACAAGUCACACCACCCACUUGCCCUUCGAUGAGGUCGAGACGCUUCUGCCGGGUACCAGCUUCAAUCUUGCAACCGGAACAUUUACAUGUAAUAUGCCAGGUACCUACGUGUUCACGUUUUCUGUUAACAAAGAGCCCUCCUUCCACCUCUGGGUUCAUCUUAGGAAAAACAACGACGCGGUUAUCUCAGGCGGUAGCAAUGACUCAGGUUCAUAUGAGCAGGUAUCUGGGAGCGCAGUGCUAGAUCUGCAGCAAGGAGACUCAGUGUAUUUGACCAUGAGUGGUAGGGCUAACAGUGGUUCACCCUACCAUUACACCUCAUUUAGCGGCUUUCUCCUUUACUCCGAAUAAACAACCACACAAUAAUUAUACACAACUUUGUUCUUUUUGGGUUUUGUUUGGUUAUUUGUUUUAUUCUGUUUUAUUCCUCAAGGACAAAUGUGUAUUACCUAAAAGAUGUCUUUUAAGACUAAUUGAAAUGAUUGUACCUCUCCCAUACAAUGCCAUAUGUUUAGAACAUGUUUAUCCAUUUUUAGCUGCUUCAGCUACACUGCCAUAGCAGCUAUUGUUUUCGUUCUGUGGUUUGCGAUGUUGAAGUAUAAGACACUUCUCAAGAAACAGCAACAUAAACUCCUCAAAAUGCCUUUCUUUUUCUACACUUCUAGCAAUAAGCAGUCCUACAGGUGGUCUUCAGCGGUUUUGGGAGAAAAUAUUGUGGUUAAAAGGGCGAAAAGUGCGUGAUCGCGCAAUACUCAUUUAUACACUUCAAUGCUCCUGGUGGCCCGAUGGGGUUUAGGGUGAUUCCUCUCCAAAGUACACAAGUUGGUGAUAAUAGGACCAAGAGAGACAUGGUUUAGGUUAUGAAACCAGACUGGAAAAAAAUGAUUAAGAAAAAAUCCAGUUUUUAACAAUAACCAGUUUUCAGGUGUUUUUCGUUUCAGUAAUCUUUCCACCAUAACACUUUGGGACUUAAGUAAGAGUGAUUGCUCUGAAACUUUGCAAAUAUAUAUUGACCACCAGCAAAGUAUGGCCCUAAAAGAGAUCUGUUAUGAUGACGUCAUCACAUGUCACCUGACAAACCCUCAAACUUGAAUUCUUUUCGGGCUUGUAUCUCUAACAUUUCUCCCAGUGUUUUUAAAUUUUCCACGAAAAAAAAUUGUGUGAACAUUUGGGUUACGUCAUGAUGACGUCACCACCUAAUUUUGACGAUUUUUCAUUUUUGUCAUUUUGACCUUCUUUGUGACAGAUCUCCUGACACAAACAAUUUUUUCUCGAAUUUUUUUGUAGACCUCCAGUACGUUUUAGAUAUCUAUUUGUUGCAAAAUCUGAUAAAGUCAUGAUGACGUCACCAAAAUGUACGGUUUUUAAUUCUACAUAUUAGGCAGUGUCUAGUCUUUGUGAAAUUAACUCAGUCAACCCCUGACUGACUUCAACAGUCAACCCUUGAAGUGACAUCAUCAUGACCUCAUUCGUUGAUUUUUUAUCAGUUUUUCAAGAUGUUUAUGUAUAUGGAUUUGCAUGCAUACCACUACUAUCUUCCUGUCAUAAUUUCUGUAACUUAAUUAAGUCCAAUUACUUCCAAAUUAUGCCGAAAAAUUCACCAAUUUCAGAAAUAUGUGCAGAUUGGCACAAUAUGUACAUAAGAGCCAAGUAUGAAUUAAACUAAUAGCGUUAUUUAUGCCUAACUAGUAAGAUCGUCUGCAUGCUACACAUGCACCACACUUGCAGCCAUUACCGGGGCACAAGUCAGGAAGUGCCCUGUGUCCUGCACUUCGUGCACGCUCCAGCUUCUGCGGUCCGAGAAAAAAAGAAGGACUUGCCCGAUAACUGAGACUGUGGGAAUCACAAUUUUUUUCUAGGAAUUAAAUGGCUCAAAAAACAAACAAACAAUGCUUAGAAAAAGCUCUGAAUCCAAAACAGCUCUGAGGUUGUUCACAACCACAUUCCUUUGGACUUGCGGUCUUGAUUUUCCACCGGAUCUGUAGCACCGUGAAUGAAUAAAUCAUACGGUGUUGAGUGAAUAGGACACUGCUGAUAUUUGGCCCACUUCCUUUGCCAUCUGCGUUUUGUUUACAGAAAAAUAUUUCCCCCGUCUUUCACAAAUAUCAAAAGUGGAUUUCUGGCCAUUUAAUAAAAUACACUUAACUACACAAUCAUUGAGUUGAUAUAGAAAAAAAAAUUAAUCUUGACUUUGACAAGAAGCAGGUGAUCUCGGGGAAGUCUAAACCGUGGUUUUUAUUUUCAAAAACGGAUCAAUGGUUUGCUCGAAAUUCUUUUAAGCCAAGUUGUAGGUUAUCGGUAUCACUGUCAAAUUUAAGAAACUUAUAAGAAAUAGAAUCAGCCCGAAUCCAAAUUGAAACUGUAACCACUAUGGAAAUUAUCAAAAUAAUAAAUUGGCAUUAUUUUUCAAUAUCAAUAUCUAACAAACCGAAAUUAACAUUUACGACCAGAAUUUAUACGCAUAAAAGGUUCUAGAGUACCCAAGUCACUUUAUGCAGUUUGUCUGAUUUUAGUAGACUGAAACCUCGUUGUUUAGUUUUCGCUCAACAGUUGAACGCAUUAUGGGUUAUUAUAAUUUGUCAUUAAAAUGCUGUAGACGUGUCGGGAAAAACUGUCAGCGUGCAGCAGUGUGUGUUGUUUAAGUCUGCUGUGAAAACGUAGUGUUCUUAAGCAUAGGAGACCAGAUUGGAACAUCAAGGAAGGUUUUUUCAGAGGAUUAUUUUUCAAAUCAUGUUUGGUAGAAAGAACAUGUUUUCGUGCCCUGCAGUGGUGGCACUCGUCAGUUGCGCAUACGUUGGCUAAAAGUGAACCGUGGCUAAUUUGCUGAGGGUUUUAAGUGGGGUAGAGUUUAGUAUCAUUACUGGUUUGAUCCAACCAGUGGUGUAGCAAAUAUACUGUGAGGAAUUAAGCCAUUUGAUUGGGCUGGGUUAUUUUUAAUUAGUUCUUGUAGUAGUGAGAGCAAUUUGUUUAGAGAAAAUAAGGUGGUGGUGCUGGUGCUUUAAGCACCCACGAUUGCUAAAUGACUCUGUAGUAAGAAGGUACUCAUUGCAGAAAACUAAUUUUCAAAGACCAAGAUAUAUAGUUGUUUCAAGUUGGAAACUUAAAAUGCCUGGAGCCGUGCUUGAAAGCUGGCUUCUAAAUUUUGCUGGACUGCAAGGUUUAGCUUUUCUUUCAAACAGAUUAUCCAUUUUUUUCUGUAAGCAGAAUCGUCAUUCCCAUAGAGAUAAAGUGCUAAUAUUUGUUUCUAAAGUUCUGGUGUUUCCAUUUGAACUAUUCAAUUAAAAACAUCUUUGCUGAAGCUUGCCCCUUUAAUCCACAAGGUGCCACGGAAAAUCAGUUAAAAACAGAUUGUGCUAGAAUUGUGUACGAUUUUUCCAAGUUGAUGACAACGGGAUAGUUUGAAUUUGUAUUUGUUUUAUGCAACCUUAUUUGAAAACUUGAUAUCAAUAAAUGACUUACACUCCUUAUUAGGCAUUUUUGAAACAUCAACUCGCCAAUGAUGUUUUUUAAGAGGCACCCUAUUGUUAAAAGUACGUCAUCUGUGUUAAUAUAUUACUGUUAAAGUUUUAGUAAACUUGAGUAAAGAGGACAAAACAAUUUCCCCAAA